AUGGAUCCCAACGCUGGAUAUCCCCCUGCGUAUCCCAUGCCGAGCCAGACUCCUCCGAAUCAAAUGCCCUUUUACCCUAAUUCGAUGCCCCAAUAUCCCCAGUCCAAACCCCCAAUCCCGCCGGUGCAGCACCAACAGCAUUCCUAUGGUGCGAUGCCGAUGCAGGCAGGCGGCCCCGGAGGAGCUAUGAUGCCCGCCGGCUUUCCCCCACAAACAUCCGUCACAAUGGACGCGUUCUCGUCGCAAUUCUCUCAGACUCCUCUUCCUCCCAAUAUGACACCUUUCUCUCAACCAGGUGUCGUGCCCAACGGGCCGUCAGUUGUUCAGCAGGCCUUCAAUCAAAACAUGGCAUCCAUCCAGCAGAGUUCUUUGCUCGCAAACCAGCCCAAACCAUCACAUUCAAAUUCGCCUCAAGUUAUGCAACCCGAGACUCCGAUGCAGACCCAACCUCCCAUCCAAACCCAAGCCCAGGCGCAAAUGCAGGCUCAAAUGGCGGCGCGCGAAAAGGCACGGGUCACUGUACUGCUUGAUAUCAACUCCGCUCUGCUCCAGGAAGUCGUCAACCUGCAAGCAUCGAACAAAGCAGGCACUCCUUCACCGGGUGAUGCCAGUGCAUCUCCGUCCGAUCCCAGUGCCGAUGCGGCGAAAGCUCACGCCCUCAAACCAAGCUCAGAAUACAUCGAGUGCAUGCGCAGACUGCAGGUUAACUUGGCUUAUUUGGCAACGAUAGCCGAUCGGGCCAAAAAAUCCGGUGGUGUAGCCCCUCAAGCUCCCGCAAUCAUGACUCCUCCGCCUCAUCUGCCGGCCGUUCAUGAGCUGUAUGCUAGAUUGAAUGAGCUAUUCCCUCGAUCAGGCAAAGGCUCAACUCCUCAAACACUUAGUCCGGGUGGUAUGCAGGGUAACGGUGGGCCCAGUCCGUCGCCGCUCACGGAAUCGGGAAUUUGA